AUGGCCCCACCGAAAUUCGGCGAUCUCAACAAACAAGUUUCCGAUAUUUUCAACAAAGGAUACUUUUUUAAUGUCUUCAAGCUCGACGUCAAAACUCGUACUGCGAAUGGAGUUAAUUUCAACGUUAUCGGCGAACAUAACACGGAAACAGCACGAACAUUCGGUAGUCUUGAAACGAAAUAUGUCGUUCCAGAAUAUGGCCUGACAUUCUUGGAAAAAUGGAACACCGAUAAUUUGCUUAAAUGUGAAAUUACCGCUGAUAACCAAUUAGCACAAGGUUUCAAAGUUGUAUUUGAUGCAUCACUUGUUCCAAAUACAGGGAAAAAAACUGCUGAACUUCGUACCGCUUACACGCAUGACAAAGCUCAUGUUGAAACCAAUGUUGCAUUCGACGCCGCUGGACCUAUUCUUAACGGUGCCGUUGUUUUGGGUCACCAAGGCUGGUUAGCUGGUUAUCAAUAUGUGUUCAACACCGCCCGAUCGAUGUUAACAAAAAAUAAUUUCGCAGUCGGCUUCAGAGCUAAAGAUUUCACCCUUUACGCCAAUAUGAAUGAUGCUAAUGAAGUGGGUGGUAGUGUUUACCAACGUAUCAACGAUCGACUUGAAACUGGUGUUCAAUUAGCUUGGACAGCUGGUUCCAAUCAAACACGGUUUGCACUUGCAUCAAAGUAUCAACUUGAUGGUCAAACCGUAGUUGGAGCAAAAGUAAAUAAUAUCUGUCAAGUUGGACUUUCAUUCCAACAACUGUUAAGACCUGGUGUUAAAUUGACUUUGUCAGCAUUAUUUGAAGCAAAAAAUUUGAAUGCUGGUGGACACAAAGUCGGCCUGGGACUUGAACUUGACAGCUAA